AUGAUGCCUGGUGCUAAUUCUUCUAGCUCAUCAACUUCCUCAUAUGAUCCAAAGCCAAUUAACCCUAUUGCUUCACCAAUACCAUUAAAUGUAUUAGAGAUUUGUCUAAUACUCCAACUCAUUCACUGUCGCAACCCAAUUCCACAAUCCCUCGUUACCUUCCUGGACACCUAUACCUUUGUUGGGGUUGGAAUUGUGGCUGAUGUGGAAAAGUUGGAGCGAGAUCACGGGCUUAUUGUGAGCUAUUCUGUGGAUUUAAGAGAGUUGGUUGCUACUGCGUAUGAGGCGUUUGGGUUGGGGUAUCAGAUUAGGACAAAUGCUGGGCUGAAAGAGCUGUGUAGUGUCAUUUUAUUAAAGGAGAUGGUAAAGCCUGCUCAUAUAACUAGGAGCAAGUGGGAUUAUCGAUUUCUGAAUGAAGAACAAGUGGAAUAUGCUUGUUUUGAUGCUUUUGUUUGUUUUGAGAUUGAGAAACGCUUGAAUGCUUCUGGUUAUGGCUGUAAUUGGCUGUGA